UCGGCUGCUGCCACCAGACAGCCGCAUCCGCCAGUCCCAGCGGCCGGUGUGCAGAGGCCGACGAGCGGCGCCGCUGCAGACAUCGAUGACCGGGACUCCGGGAACGAUCCUCUCCCGUCCUGUUCGGGGUCGGCUGCUGCCACCAGACAGCCGCAUCCGCCAGUCCCAGCGGCCGGUGUGCAGAGGCCGACGAGCGGCGCCGCUGCAGACAUCGAUGACCGGGACUCCGGGAACGGUCAGUAUAUUGGAUAGCUUGAUUGGCUACCUGUGUUACCGAACUUACCUGUCCGCUAUCGCCACAAUUCACAAACGGCUGUUUGAGCUAAUUACUUAUCGCCGACUCUCCCUGGCAGAUCCUCUCCCGUCCUAUUCCGGGUCGGCUGAUGCCACCCGACAGCCGCAUCCGCCAGUCCCAGCGGCCGGUGUGCAGAGGCCGACGAGCGGCGCCGCUGCAAACAUCGAUGACCGGGACUCCGGGAACGGUCAGUAUAUUGGAUAGCUUGAUUGGCUACCUGUGUUACCUAACUUACCUGUCCGCUAUCGUCACAAUUCACAAACGGCUGUUUGAGCUAAUUAUUGUCUACUGAUCGCCAACUCUCCCUGGCAGAUCCUCUCCCGUCCUGUUCGGGGUCGGCUGCUGCCACCAGACAGCCGCAUCCGCCAGUCCCAGCGGCCGGUGUGCAGAGGCCGACGAGCGGCGCCGCUGCAGACAUCGAUGACCGGGACUCCGGGAACGGUCAGUAUAUUGGAUAGCUUGAUUGGCUACCUGUGUUACCUAACUUACCUGUCCGCUAUCGCCACAAUUCACAAACGGCUGUUUGAGCUAAUUACUUAUCGCCGACUCUCCUUGGCAGAUCCUCUCCCGUCCUGUUCGGGGUCGGCUGCUGCCACCCGACAGCCGCAUCCGCCAGUCCCAGCGGCCGGUGUGCAGAGGCCGACGAGCGGCGCCGCUGCAGACAUCGAUGACCGGGACUCCGGGAACGGUCAGUAUAUUGGAUAGCUUGAUUGGCUACCUGUGUUACCUAACUUACCUGUCCGCUAUCGCCACAACUCACAAACGGCUGUUUGAGCUAAUUACUGAUCGCCGACUCUCCCUGGCAGAUCCUCUCCCGUCCUGUUCGGGGUCGGCUGCUGCCACCCGACAGCCGCAUCCGCCAGUCCCAGCGGCCGGUGUGCAGAGGCCGACGAGCGGCGCCGCUGCAGACAUCGAUGACCGGGACUCCGGGAACGCGCCUGGAUCCUGCAAUGCUGUCGCAUCCUCUGUGCAUCCGGAUGACAUUGGCAACUACGUCUGCGCGAAACAGCUCCCGUUGGAGGAGAGAAGACGACUUCUGAAAGACCCAUGGACUCCGCCGCCAUCAUACCGAUUCCCAGUGGUUCCUGAUGCUGGCGGUAAAAAUCGGAAGUUCCAGCGAGAUCACAUCGCUGAGUUUCCCUGGCUCACUUACAGUGCUGUGCCGGGACUUGAAGGCGGCUUUUGUCGAUACUGUGUGCUGAUGGGGAGGCAAAUCAGCGGGAGGGCUUCAGGAGACCAGGCGCUGAGAAGUUUCGUCACUGAGCCAUUCAAGCGGUUCAAAGACGCAAAACGGCAUCUGCGUCAGCACCAAACCACGGAGUAUCAUGCAGACGCGGUCACAAUGGUUGAAGAAGUCCUGAUGGGAAGAAUGGGCAUCGACGAGCUGGUGGAUGGACAGAGGAGAGAAGAAAGAAGGAAGCGGGAACAGCAAGAAGCAGACUACAAGAAAAGACUUCUGCCGGUGAUCCAGACUGUGCUGCUCUGCGGUGCUCAAGAGUUGGCACUGCGAGGCCAUCGUGACGACGGUCCGCUGGACCUUGAUGCCGUUCCGAAAAGAGGAGAAGGAAACUUCAAAGCCUUGCUAAGGUAUCGGGCGCAAGGGGACAGGCUGCUAGAAGAUAGCAUUAGAACAGCCCCGAAGAACAUGCAGCUAACGAGCUGGAACGUGCAAAAUCAGAUUAUCCUUGUAUGCGGACAGAUGAUCAAGGAGAACAUCGUGGAAAAGAUAAAAAAAGCAAGCAUGUACACGAUCAUCGCCGAUGAGACGACCGACCGAAACAAACGGGGACAGCUCGCUCUCGUUCUUCGGUACGUAGCUGAAGAUGGAACGGUGCGAGAGGAUAUGGUGGCUCUGCUGAACCCUGAGAAGACGACUGGAGAAGCGCUCUCGAAGAUGAUCAUCGACGCCCUACAAAAACUGGACCUAUCACUAGAUGGCGUGAGGGGUCAGGGCUAUGACGGCGGUGGAAACAUGAGCGGGCGAAUUAGCGGUGCUCAGUCCCGAAUCAGGACUCUUCAGCCGUUGGCCGUGUACACUCACUGCGCCUCUCACCGGCUAAACCUUGCGCUAGGUCGGGCACUAACUGUCCCAGGGGUGCGCAACAUGCUGGGUGUCGUGUCCGUCGCUUCCAACUUUUUCAACGACUCCGCGGCUCGAGUGCAGCUUCUGGAGGAAAAAGUGGAACAGUUGGGCGAGGAGCAAAAGAAAAAGAGACUGAAGGCGCUGUGCCGAACUCGAUGGGUGGAGCAGCACGAGUCCCUGCUGACCUUCGAACAGCUGCUAGUUCCCAUCGUCGCAGCACUCGAACACGUUGAGCGGGAGGGAAGCAGCGACGCAGCUCAAAAAGCGUCCGGACAUCUGGCAGCGAUCACCCGCUUCGACUUCCUAAUCUGUCUUGAGAUGGCUGUGCUCCUCUUCGGCAUCACACUGGGUCUGUCGAUCUGCCUCCAAAAUCCCCAGCAGUCACUGAGUGAUGCCAUGCAAAAAAUCAACGAAGUCCAGCAGGCAGUGCAAGACGCAAGAGAAGAGUUCCCAGCUGUGAUGAAAAAGGCUGCUGCACUGGCUGACAAGCUGGACAUACCAGUCAUCGCUCCGAGAGGCUCGUCUCGACAAGUGCACCGACCUAACAGCUCCGUGUCAUCAGAUCCAGAGACGAACUACCGGAUCAACGUGUUCAACCCUUUCAUCGACCAAAUGAUCAAGGAGCUGAAGGAGCGCUUCCCGGAAGAUCAUCCUGGCCUGCAACUGGAGGGAGUCCUUCCAGCACGCAUAGGGACCGCUGACCUCUCCGCAGUUGUCGAGUGUGCUGAAGCGUACCACAAAGAUCUGCCGAGCCCAGUCAACCUCCGGUCGGAACUUGUGCUUUGGCGUGCCAUGGUAGCAUCAGCAACCAACCGCCCACAGACUGUGGGAGACGCAUUCCGGAUGGCGGGCUCACUUCCGAACGUCAAGACACUGCUUCAAAUCCUCAUGACCCUCCCCGUCACAAGCUGUUCUGCAGAACGAAGUUUCUCGACACUGAAGCGUGUUGAGACUGAACAGCGGACAACAAUGGGAGAGAGCCGGUUGGAGAGCCUCAUUCUGAUGAGUGCACACGGCGUGGCCUCGCUGGAUCCGUCCAUGGUAGCAGACCGCUUCAUGAAGACGCGCCCCCGGCGCUCAGUUUGAUUGAGUCCAGCUCUCUCAGAGGUGCUGUCGACUGGUCGCACCGGUGAGUGUUCAGUGAGGCUUCAGGAAUAUAUCUGUUGACUAUUACCUUUUGCCUCUCAAAGAUGACAUGUUGCCACAGGCACAGGUGACGACACGACGUCAAUGCAAACAAAAGCAUGCAAAUCUCAAAGGUAAUGAGAUUUGUUCAUUGAGCUUUGUGUACUUAUCUACUGAUGGGAUAGGGUGAGUUCUAUUCUGGGUAGAGCGCUUAGUCGUUACGUAACGUUUUAGGGCGUUAAGAGGGUUACCAGAAGGCCUUCCAGCACGACAACGUUUGCUGGCUAUUGAGUCAUAUGCUUACAGAGCCAAUGAGUUUAACUAUUUAGUGAGAUCGCUAAGAACGUCACCUAUCAUACAAACAGCCGUCACAAAGUUAGCGAAAUGGAGGCCCCCUCGCUAGACAGAGGCCCCCCGGCAACCGGAAUACGGAGGCCCCUGUUCGCCCGGGCCCCCUCCCCUGG